AUGCCAUCGUCAUUUUUCUCUUCAACACCUCAAUUGACUCAUAAAGAUUUGUGCUUUUCUUUAGCAGACCAGCUCAUUAACCGUGGCUUGUUAUCCUCAGCGCAGAAAGUGAUUCAGAGGCUCAUUUUGAAGUCUUCGGUCUCGGAAGCAUUCGUCGCCGCUGAUUUUGCACUUAUAAGAGGUAUGCAGAUUGAUCUAGUCACUUAUGGUUGUCUUAUUAGGAAGCUUGUGACUUCUGGUGAGUCUCAAAUUGCUGAGGCUUUUUACGUAGAUUGUAUAGUUGGUAAAGGCAUUGAACCGGACCGUGCUUUGUUGAAUACUAUGGUUAUUUGUUAUUGUAAGCUGGGGAGGAUGGAUGAAGGAAAGUCUUAUUUUGACAGGCUGAUUGAAUUGAAAUAUAGACCCUGUAUUGGGGCGUGUGAUGCUAUAGUUAGAGGAUUUUGUGAACAAAAUAGAGUUUUGGAGGGAUAUGAUUGCUUUACCAAGGUUAGUGACUUUAUGAUCAAUUACACGUGUUAUAAUAGGUUGGUGGAUAGUUUGUGUUUUAUGGGGUACUUGGAUGAGGCGCUUCAUGUGUUUGAUGUGAUGAUGGAUCGAGGGGUCCCACCAACAGUUCACUUGUGCAAAUUGUUGAUCUUUGAGUUUUGCAAGCGAGGAUGGGUUGAGAUUGAGUGUGGAAAUGGAGUCUUAUGA